AUGAGAGUCUCUGGUGUGCCAUUACUAUGCGGGGCUUUGUUCUUCUAUAUUCACACUGCGAAGUCAUCCCUCGUCACAUUUCCAUCUGUUGUUAUUCCACUAAGUGGUCUCUUCGAUAACCAAGCUGCUUCGCUAGAUGGCACCACCGGCAACUUCGAUGGGAAUGGUGCCACAUAUGCAGCAGAGUACCUACCUGGGGGCCCAAGUUGGUUUUAUAAUGAAAUCCCGUAUGACCUGCCAUUGGCGUGGGGACGAAGCCAAGACAAUGUCAUUGCUGGAGGACAAGUUGUGAAAUUUUCGAACGUAACUUAUGUUCAUGAGUUGCAUGUCAUAUAUGCAUGGGAUCAUUCGGGUAGCGGAUUAAGUAGAACAUUCAGCCUGAACUACGCGGAUCACUCAGUUAAGUACUUGCAAUUUACUGGGCAAGACUGGUUGAAUAUCAAUGGGGGAGCAAUUCGAACACCAUACCAUUUCGAAGAAUAUUCAUCCAAUAAGAAUUGGAAUUCUAGCCAGAUCUUCCAAUUAUCGCUAUCCGUACCAUCUCAUGCGCCGCUUGAAAGUAUCACGCUCGCGGAAGCAUCUUCUACCUCAAACAGACUCCAUAUAUUCGCACUCUCUAUGACACCUUCUUUUGAACCUGCCAGUGGUCCUCUGGUGCCCCAGCUCUCUGUUCGUAGUGCCCAAUUCAGCACGAGGUGGGAAGACAUCAGCGGGCAGCGAGCUCAGGCCGUCGCCAUCACCCUUGCAAAUCUACUCCCAGGGAGUUACGCGACCUCCUCAAACACGUCCAUAAACUCGCGGUAUGAGAUCUCAGUAUCAGGCGAGGGGGUCUCCACGGUCACACCUGGCCUCGUGUAUCGCCUGGUCCCCGCAGACCAGGCUCGCGUGGACGUCUUCGUUCUCAACAACGACGGGAAAGGAAAUGCGACAAUCACCAUCAGAGAUGAAUUUGGAAAUGUCAUUGGGACUUCUGUGGGAUGGCCCAUCGCCCGGCUGCGGACCGAAUGGACAGCAGACGCUAAUGUGUUGGCCACACAUGAGACGCCCACUUGGUGGAACCAGGCGAAGUAUGGAAUAUUCAUUCACUGGGGUAUCUACAGCGUCCCCGCUUGGGGCCCACCUAGUUCAUAUGCGGAGUGGUAUGACUGGAAUCUCCGUAAUCCUCCGAACUCCAACUCGCCGACGUGGGUACAUCACCUAGACACUUAUGGGAAGGACGUCGUAUACGAUGACUUCAUUGCUAACUUCACAGCAUCUACUUGGAAUCCCAGAGCUUGGUUAGAUCUGUUCUCCGAGGCUGGCGCGAAGUACUUUGUCAUCGUUACUACACAUCACGAUGGUUAUGCACUAUUUGAUACAAAAAAUACCACGCACAGAAGCAGUGUAUACCUUAAACCACAUCGCGACUUUGUCAAAGAGCUCAUGGACACCGCAAAAUCUGAUUAUCCCGACAUUCAUCGAGGCACAUACUACUCACUUCCCGAAUGGUUCAAUCCAUACUUCUCCAAGUAUGGGUUUAGUUCAUGGCCAGGAGGCUUAGCGCACAAUGCAUUCAAUGCGUCUGAGCUGGAGCCUUAUACUGGAAUAUUGAAUAUCAGCGACUACAUCGAGGAUUUGCAAUACCCCCAGAUGCUGUCUUUGGCGCUGGACUAUGACACGGAAAUCAUGUGGUGCGACGGUGGAGGCCACAAUAAGACGUUAGAUUUUGCUGCACAAUUUUAUAACAAGGCGAUGCAGAAUGGCUAUCAGGUUACCAUAAAUGAUCGCUGUGGUGCGGUCCCAGACUUUGACACACCAGAGUACGCGACAUUGGGUUCUUUGUCCACUCGCCACUGGGAGACGAGCGAAGGGAUGGACCCGAAUAGCUACGGUUUGAAUUCUGCCACCAAUACGAGCGAGUACAAGAACGGAACGACCAUCAUCCAAACACUGGUCGAUGUCGUGAGCAAGAAUGGAAACUAUUUACUCGAUAUUGGUCCUAAUGCGGAGGGCGACAUCAUCGCACCGAUGGCAGACAACCUCCUCGCUGCCGGUAAAUGGCUAAAGUACGCGGGCGACUGCAUCUAUGCAACUGAUUAUUGGUAUCAAGCGUCUCAAGAUCCGACGGAAUCAUUUAGGUUCCUCACCACACCAAAAACAUUUUGCAUCAUCGCAUUCAACAAGCCGGGCGAUGGGAAAGUCACGGUGGAUGCGGGUGGCGUGGCGUUUCCGAUUCAGAGGGGAGAUAGUGUUGUGCUGCUGGGGCCGUCGAGGAAUCCGCAGAGUCUUGAGUGGGACAUUGAUGGAUCGGGUGUCUUGACUGUCGUGGUGCCUCAGAAUGAAGUCGAUCAGUUAUUGGAUAUGUCUGAAGGAACUUGGGAAAAAUUGUGUCAAGUCGCUGCCAAGGGUGCUGAACAUGACUUUCGUGAACGCCACCCCCAUCCGAAAUGUUUGGAAGGCACCCGGGUGGCCCUUCUCAACUACAUCUAUCCAUUAUUAGACAAGAAAGACCAGAAUCAGAUCAUUUGGCUGCAUGGUACUGCGGGCGUUGGAAAGUCUGCCGUCGCAUUUACGGUAGCUGAAAGGAUGAAAGGAUUGAAAGUGGCAGAGCAGAGUCAGCAGACACAUACAGAGACGCGACUCGCUGGAACAUUCUUUUUCUCCCGCAAGCACACGAAACGGCGUACAGCCGGUUACUUCUUUGCGAUGCUUGCCUACCAGCUGGCCAGCAAUUUCCCCAGCGUCAGGACGCAUGUGAAUAGAGCUAUCCUCAAUAACCCUGCCCUUCUAGACCCUGACAAGUCUGUUCGCGAUCAGAUGGAAGGCUUGUUUCUUCAACCACUCAGGAAGCUUCAAUAUAGACUACGUGAAUGCGGCAGUCCGCCUUUGGUGUUCGUUGUCGAUGCCCUUGAUGAAUGCACAUCCGAAACCCUCGAUCAACCCUCAUUCGAAUUCUUUGAUAGAGACAAAUCCGAAAGCGAAAUUGCUGAACUCAUAUCCCUGCUCGCUCAAGCUCUUCGCGAUCCUGAACUGCCUGUGACUCACAUUCUAGUCACAAGUCGCUCGGAAGGGCAUAUUCGUGAAGUCAUGCACAACGAACAUGUGCGCCCGCUAGUAGGCGAGAUACCAGCGAACAUUUCUGGUGAGGGUGUUGCUACCGCCAUCUCGCUAGACGGCGCAGAUGUCGAUGAAGACAUUUAUCGUUUCUUGGAGGACUCCUUCGGAAAACUGCGGCUUCGCUAUCCCACUUUUCCGCAUCCAACGGAUGCCCAACUUGAACGGCUAGCGAGCCGAGCGGGUAGACGUUUGACGAGUCAACUGCUACCGGGAACGGAAGUGUACAAGUUAUACGACCUUAUCCUUUCCACAUGCGCUGACCCGAUGUUGGCAUACAUGCACUUGUCCAUUGUUGUUGUCCUUGUAGAUCCUCUGCCGCUCUCACAAAUAUCGGAACUUCUUGGCCCUGGUCAGGGCAGGGACGUAGAGAACGUGCUAAGGCAGCUACGGUCUAUAAUAGAUAUUCCUACCGACAGCAGCCUCCCCGUGAAUAUCUAUCACUCGUCCGUUCGCGACUAUGUUUCUCACCACUCAAACUGCUACCUCCGCCAAGUACAAUACAUCACAUCACCACACUCCCUUCUUGCAUUUUCUUCUCUCCACUUGAUGGUGCGCGAGAUUCCAGAAAGCACGGCCCUCUUGAAUGCGCUCUCGGAAUUAACGAAUCAUAGCCAAGUUAUGCAACCCGAUGACCCUCGGAAAUUAAAACACUCAUUAUCCUUCAUGGUCCAGCCACCGGAGCCAAUGCAAGCUCUUAUAACUUUGUUGUGGCUUCGGGGGAAUUACCAUCCAGAGUUACAGUUUUGGCUAGAUACCCCGGACGGGCGUGCCUGGCUGCAGACAAAAGGAGUAAGGGACUGGCUGCAGACCCAGGGGGGAAAGGGCUGGAUGCUGACCGACGGGGGAGACGAAUGGUUGGUGACCCCAGGCGGGCGAGAUUGGCUGCAGACAGAGGCCGGGCGAGACUGGCUGGAGACGGACAGUGGGAAAGACUGGCUACAGGCAGGCAGGGGGGGGGAGAAUGGUUGUGGACCCAGGGCGGACGAGACUGGCUGCAAGCAUAGGCCGGGCGAGACUGGCUGCAGACAGAUGCCGGGCAAGACUGGCUGCAGGCCAAUGGACAGAAAGAUUGGUUGUGGACCCAGUGCGGGCGAGAUUGGCUGCAGACAGAGGCCGCACGAGACUGGCUACAAACAGAGGCUGGGCGAAAUUGGCUACAGACUUACUGGCAGGAAAUACUGGCUGUUCAUACAACCUGAGGAUGGGCGAGCUUGGCUGCAGACAGAGGCUGGGCAAGACUGGCUGCAGGCCAACAGUUCCACCCAGCUAUCUUUGCCGCUUCCUCACCAGCAAUAUUCAUCCUCGUUCUCCCAGCAAUAUCUGUCCUCAUCCCCCCAACCAUUUGUGCCUCCACACCUUAUGCAGACCUGGGAUAGUUCCUCAGUGCUGCAGAUGUCCGGCUCACAGGAUGCCCGAGACUGGUUGCAUACCGAGAACGGACAAGACUGGCUGCAGUCCCAGGAUGCGCAAGACUGGCUGCAUACCGAGAACGGACAAGAUUGGCUGCAGUCCCGGAGCAGGCAUGACUGGCUGCAGACCAAGGGCGGGCGAGACUGGCUGCAGUCCGAGCACGCGCAAGGCUUACUGCAGACACUGCGCGCACGAGACUGGCUGCAGACCGCGAGCGGAAAAUACUGGCUGCAGUCGGAGCACGCACCAGACUGGUUGCAGACCCAGGGCGGAAAAGAUUGGCUGCGGUCGGAGCACGUCCAAGACUGGUUGCAGAGUGAGAGCAUAGAAGACUGGCUGCAGUCUCAGGAUGUGCGAGACUGGCUGCAUAGCCAAGAUGGGCAAGACUGGCUACAUAGCGAAUAUGGGCAAGACUGGCUGCAGAGGCCGGACGGCCAAGCGUGGCGGCUGAUCACUGUCUGGGUGACCAUGGAAGAAUUCACGAGUAAUUCUGAGGCGAUCAAAGAGUACAUAAUCGCUCCAGAAUUGUCUUUGCAACCAGCUUUUCAGGCUAUCCGGCUUUUCAAGGCCCUGCCGGAUUUCUUGAUGUUCCUAGUAUUUCUGGUGUUUAGACGUCAGGAUCAUUCCACCACAGCAUUACCGGACAUGAAGAUCAUCCAUGCUAUGAAAGCCCUUUCAAGAUCCACAGACGAAGCACGGAAACAAAGUCAAUCAGCUUCGGCCGCCCUCAAUUACGCAUGUCAAAAUUGGGCUAUUCAUCUGUCGCGAACUCCGAAACCGUGGGAUGCGAGGCUCGCGCAUAUGUUUCAGUCUUUUUGGAAUCGUAAUCUUGCCUCCUGGCUCGAAAGGCAGUGGUGUUUGAAGGAUUUGCCGUCUUGCCUCACUAUUUUGUCCGACGGCGAGAAACUUGCGAAGAACAUCUUCGAGCCCCUGGGUCAUAUCAGUAAUCAUUCUGGAGCUCCGGUUUGA